UUUUUGCAGAGCAUGUAGUGAAAAUUGUUUGGUUAAAAAUGGAGGCCAGACCUGAAAAUUUGGGGGAUGAUUUCUGGACGAAGUACCGCGGACUUGCCGCCAAACUCAAGAAGCGGUUUUUGAAAAAGCCGAAUGUCGCUGAGGUCGCCGAUGAAUUUCGCUCCCUUGCGAAACGUCUCGCGGGCGACGAGCAUCGGCCGCUUGCAGGAGUUUGCUCUUUGGCAGUGGCCCGAUGUGAGCAGACGAUCGGAAAUCUUCCCUGUGAAGCAGAAGCUUUGCUCAAUGCUGCGAGGCUUUUCCUAGCUCAGGCAUGGCUUUAA